ACUGCACAGAGCGGCAGCAGAAGAGGGAAAUUUGAAACGAGGAAACGGACGCCGUCAGCGACAGCUGUUAGCUCACUACCGUUAGCAAGCAAGGACAGAGGAUACUGAAAGAAAGCUGUUUGCCACAUCGCCAGCCGCGUAUAUCGGAUCCGCAAUGGAACCUUUACGAGACUGGAGUUUGUGUUUAGACUCCCCAUCCAAACAUAGCUAUGUUGGAAGCUAUUAUAAUCCUCCAGAGAAGAUGUCCCAUCAACUGUGUGCCAAAGCAGUACCACUACGACAGGACAAAGCUAAGAACGCCAUCAAUCUGAGGGAAAUCAAUGCCCAGACUUAUCAAACAACCCCUGACGCUGGGAGCAGAGCAGUGAUAGCAGCGCUGAAGACGCUGCAGGAGAAGAUGAGGCGGCUGGAGCUGGAGCGAGUGCAGGCAGAGAGGAAUGUGGAGCAGUUCUCCCGGGCUGCUCGCCGAAACGCCAGUUCUCCUGCCCAUCCUAAACAGCAGAGUAGUGCCAGAGAAAAAGACUCUUCACGGAGGAAAGAGCUGGUCUCUCAGUUGCAUUCAGCAGAAACACGCUGCUCUCUACUGGAGAAACAGCUGGACUAUAUGAGGAAGAUGGUGGAGAGUGCAGAGAGAGAGAGAAUCACUUCAGUAAACGGAGGGGAGAGCAGACAGCAGAAUGAAAGAUCACGCACUGAUCCAGAAAUCCAGGCUCAGCUGCAGAAACUGGAUAGAUUGGAAAAAGAAUGUCUUAAGCUCACCAACACACAGUCUGAGACAGAGAGGAAGAUUGAGCUUUUGGAACAGAAGUUACAUGAAGAGGAACAUGAACGCAAACUUGUGCAGGAGAAAGCGAAGGAGUUACAGAGAGAACUGGAGGCUAAUCUGGUCACCCUUUCAGCUGUUGAGGUCAAACCCAAAAAGAAGAAGAGUAAAGAGAAGGCCUUGAAUAAGAAAUCGGUGAGAACAGAGGUCCCAAUCACUCAGUACCUCCCUAAUUCCAAGCAUAUGCCAUUUGUCGCUGGAACAUCGACAAGCCCCAGUCACUCUGUUAAUGCCAACAUCCAGAGUGUGCUGCAUCUGAUGAAGACCAGGCAGCCACGGCUGUGUGAGAGGGUGCGUACUCUGCAGAGCAAGACAGAGAAUAGCAAGAGCCCUUGCCAAGCCCCACUGUCCCCCAGUGAAGGAGCCGCAGCCCUGGGUAGCUUGUCUGAACUGCUGCUAGCCCUGCAGGAUGAACUUGGACAGAUGAGCUUUGAGCAUCAAGAACUGGUCAGGCAGAUAGAUGAGACUGAUCACCGUGAACUCAGGGAGGAUCUGGAAAGAGAGCUGGACUGCUUGGUCAAAAGGAUGGAGGAGAAAGCAACCCAAAUCUCCAAGCUACGCAAGCACCAGCAAACAGUCCAAAAGCUCUCCGAGUGUAGUCCUAAGAAGAAGCAGAGGCCCAAGUGUGUGGCCAGUGUGGAUGGCCAGAAUUUGGCUGGAGGUUUGAGUAGGGUCAGAGCUCUGCCUUGCUCCCCUGUUAAAGCUUCAGCCUUCAAAGCACAGGGCCAUGGCACGGUCAGUAAGGAGCGCCUGCAGCUCCUCAGAGGCGCCCAGAAGCUGCACUCAAGUCUCCGCCAACAGGACAUUAAUUGGGAAACAUAGACUCUUUAAUCAGCACCGGGGUACACUUUGACCUUAAAGACUAAGUAAGUGGUGAAGAGAAGCACAUGAACUGAGGAACACUCUGGAAUGGGACAUGACCCUUACUGAGCUAUAGCUCUGAAAAUGCUUUAAGAAUGUGUAGCAUGUUUGUGGUAUGAAAUGAAUGUAGCAGCACCAAGGUCAUACAAAUUGUAAGUUGUUGACUUUGCCUUAAGAUUUUACAAUGGCUCACUCAUGGACAUUAUUUUUUUUAUAGGCUUGUUACGUAUUUGAGUGCAUCUGUUUUCCUGAAUUCUUUGUCGUUUUUAUUUUCGUGCUCUUCACAACUCUUUAAAGCAUAUGAAAAU